AUGAGCUCCAAUAAAAUAGCCCCAAUUCCACAACCCCAGCCCCACGCCCCCCGGCAUCAGCAAAAACCCCAAGAUCAGCCCCAGCCCCACGCCCAGCCCGCGCCCCAGCUCGAGCACCAAUAUCAACCCAAGAUCAGCCCCAGCCCAACGCCCAGCCCACGCCCCAGCUCCAGUCCUAGUCCGAUCCCCAAGACCAGCGCAAGCUCCACCCCCAACCCUCAGAAUCAGCCCCAAGACCAGCCCAAGCCACAGCCACGCAUAUGUGGAGGAAAUUUUGCAGCAAUUGGCUCCAAGUGCUACUAUAUUGAAAAGGAUAAACCCCAAGAGUGGAUUGGAGCUAUAUAUGAAUGCAGCCGAUUGGGCGGUCGCCUGGCAAAAAUUAAAAAUCGGCAGGAGCUCGAUGACAUUAGCAAAGAGCUAAAGCCCAAAUCGGAAUACUUUGUUGAUAUUAAUUGUCGGAAAAAUUUUAGCCACAUAAAGAAAGAAAACACAGAAAAACCAAAGCCCGGCAGUUGGGGUGCGACGUAUGUUGUCCGCGUCAUCAACUCUUUUGGUCAAUGUGGUUCGAGAAUAGGUUACUCCAAUAAGUUAUUUGUUUGCGAGAAGCACGAACUCACCCAGGAGCAGAAGCAGGAUAUAAAAGAACAAUUUCAAAAAAUUGGCGAAAAGUACUACUACAUUGAUAGCACAGGCCCUGUACUUUGGUCUUCCGCCUUCCGUACCUGCCAAAGAAAGGGUGGCCAUUUGGCAUCUCCGAGUAACGAACUGGAAUUGACCAACCUUUCAAAAGAACUUCAGCCCGGCUUACAAUAUUUGAUCGACCUUAAUGAUUACCUGGUAAAAGGUCAGUUUAUGGCUGUAACUUCUGGCUCAAAAACUUACACUUCCUGGGCAGCUGGUGAACCAAAUAUGGAAUUUGGAUUCGGAAAUGUUGUCAUCGAAAAAACGGAAUUGGGUGCUCAUAUGCGACAUGUUAAAGCGAAAUACGAAUAUCCUUUUAUUUGUGAAGUUACCACUUAA